AUGCGAGUCUCUGCCGAAGAACUGGACCUGGAACCUGCCGUAUAUCUCAGGGAACGAAGUGAUUUGAUGGCGCAGUUAAGAGCCCAACUCAUCAUGCUCCCAGAAAUUGAGGAACUGACCCGAGAAUGUAACAUCGACGAAGCUAAUGUCGGAGUUCCGGGAGUCACAACUUCAGAGAUGGAAGCCAAGAUGAGAGGGAUCCUGAAACGCCACCGCAGCAUCUUCCUGGGAGACGGCAAUGCACUCCGGCCCCGGCUAGGGGCACAGAUUGCCGCACCUUUCUUGGUGAAGGUGUUCGAACUCCUGAAGAAGUUGUUGGAGGCAGAGCUCAUUGAGCAUUCAGAGUCCGAGUGGUCAUCACCUAUUGUGAUUCUAUUGAAGAAAACAGCAUAUACAUCCGAAUGUGUAUUGACUACCGACUGCUGA